GAAAAUGGCGUCUCACCUCUCAAUUCCACUUCCUUCUCUCUUCUUCUUCUUCCUCCUCCUCCUUCCCAUCUUCUCUCUCGCAAUUCCAUCUUCCCCACAGCUAGACGUGUGCAUCGUCGGAAGCGGCAUCGCUGGCUCCUCCCUCUCUCAUUUCCUCCGUCAAUACUCCACUGAUGCCUCGAAGGAUGAGUCAACUCUCCGGAUUCGAAUGUUCGAGCGGCACUCGGUCGUCGGCGGAAGAAUGGCCACCGUCACGAUCGGCGGAGAUACCUUUGAGGCCGGUGCUUCGAUCCUCCAUCCCAAGAAUUUACACGCCGUUAACUUCACCGAGCUGCUCAAGUUGAAUCGGAAGCUGCCUUCCAGCUCCGACGACUCCAUGUCGCUAGGGAUUUGGGACGGCGGCAAGUUCGUGCUCAAGACUGUGACCGUCGAUUCCGCGAUCCCGUUCGUUCAGAAGAUCGUCUCCUGGGCUAACUCGCUCUACAUCUUCCUCCGUUACGGGUUCUCGCUUCUGAAGAUGGAUAGUUUCGUCGAGACUACUGUAGACAAGUUCUUGAAGUACUACGAGAGUACUGAAGAGAGGCCGAUUUUUGCAAGUGUGGAAGAGAUGCUCAAGUGGGCUGGUCUUUACGAUCUCACCACUCGAACUCUGGAAGAUGAGCUGCUUCAUGUUGGACUGUCGCCAUUGCUGAUCCGUGAGCUGGUCUCUGUUAUUACAAGAAUCAACUAUGGUCAAAGCUGCCAUAUCAGUGGGCUAGCGGGAGCAGUUUCCUUGGCAGGCUCCGGUGGAGGAUUAUGGGCCGUUGAAGGAGGGAACUGGCAAAUGGCAGCCGGUCUGAUCAACAUCUCAGAUGUGGAGCUCCACCUCAGUGAAAGAAUAUCUUCCAUUUCCAAACUUCCCGAGUAUUAUGAGCUUAAUUCAACUACGGGCAACAGCUACAUAUGCAAUGUUACUGUGAUAGCUUCUCCACUGGACGAAUUGAAGAUCCAGUUCACGCCUCUCAUUUCAGUUCCUGAAAGAAAACUACAGCAUACUUAUACAACUUUCAUCAGGGGAUUGCUCAACCCUGCAUAUUUUGGGCUGAGAGCUGUUUCGGAUUUACCGGAACUGGUGGGCACAAUCGAGGAUCCUGAGAUUCCCUUUUCGAGCAUUUCUGUGUUGAAGCAACACAAUGAGACGGACAUGACUUACAAAGUAUUCUCCAGGAAAGAGAUGUCGGAUGCAUUGCUAGAUGACAUAUUUAGCUCAAGAAUGGAGACAAUUCGGAUAGAUUGGGGAGCAUACCCUCAUUACAAGGCUCCAGAAGUGUUUGCCCCCUUCAUCUUGGACGAUCGACACCUGUAUUACAUCAAUGCAUUUGAGAACGCCGCCAGCACCAUGGAGACGAGUGCAGUUGCAGCUGAAAACAUAGCUCGGCUCAUCUUGGCAAGACUUGAUGAGGAAUCAUCCUCGACUUCAUCAUGUUCGGAUACGAAGCUCGCUGCCACCGAUGAGGGGGAGCUACUACAUUCUGAUUUGUAACAAGUAACAACUCACAACUGUGCAUCCCUUUAUACAUGGGUCAUGAAAACUAAACGAAUUCCGCUAUGCAGGUAUGUCUUUGUGAUACUGUAAGAUAUAAGUCCCACAUGGUCAUGACGGCCUAACAAAAUAAAGAGAAUGUACAGCUUUGAUUUGCUAUGUAAACUACGAACCUGUGCAUGGUUUGCUACGUUGUACUUUAUUUUGAAGUAUAAAUAGCUUUUACAAUCUAGAUCUCGACCAUACAAGGAAAGCGGAUGAUCUCCAAGCCAUUUUAGCAUUGAGCAACAGUGUAACCGGUUAUGUAUACACGCUUGGAAG